GCAGGAAGGGGCAGUGCUCAGCCCAGGGGGGUCAGUCCCUGAUAUGGCCAUGGCCUUCAGGGGGCCUGAACCCUGGGUUCCUGCAUCCCUGCUGAGCCAGAGGCUGAAGACCGAGGAGAAGACACUGGACCUGGAGUUCGAGGUCUUGAGUGUGGGGUUUAAUGAGGAGGGCAGAUACGCCCUGCGGCUGUCAGCUGAGAACCCCCUGCAGGCCAGCUCUGGGGCUGGCGUGCAGCUGCAGGUAAAUGAUGGGGACCCCCUCCCCACCUGCUCUGCUGUCACCGAUGUCAUUGAGCAGCAGGACCCUGGCCAGAGCCUCACCCUCACCAGGAACAAGUUUAUCUUUACUUUGCCCAAAGGGUUCUGCAAGAACGAUGAGCAGCACGACGCGCAGCUGAGGGUGGAGGCACUGAGGCUGUGCGGGGCCUCAGGAAGUGCAGCCCAGCGCGUGGGCGAGGCCAUCUUCCCCAUCUAUCCGCGCCCAGACCAGCCCCGCAUGAACCUGUCGGCGCGGGAGCACGAGGACCUGUACCGCUACUGCGGCAGGCUGGCUCUGCUCCGGGCCAGCGCGGACCCCACGGCCCGCCACUGCGGGGGCCUGGCCUACAGCGUGGCCUUCCACGCGCACCGGGCCCCUCAGCCUCCCUCCUCCAACUGCUCUCCGGGCCCGGGCCAGCCAGAACCUGUUUCACCACGCCCAGAGCCCCAGCUGGCCAGGCUGCAGUGCCCACCCUCCAGCCCCUUCAGCUCCCACCACAGCCAGGAGGGACUCAACGCUGACCCAGGACCCUGGCAGCCUCAGGCCCAGGUUGUCGAGGGCCCAGAGGACCCCCUGAACACCUCCCAGAGUGUGGAAUCUGUCAUUGGCCACCUGUCUCCCUCUAAUAAGGAGACCAUCAUGGUCACUCUCCACGGGGCCACCAACCUACCUGCCUGCAAGGAUGGCUCCGAGCCGUGGCCCUAUGUGGUAGUGAAAACCACGUCUGAGGAAGCGAAGAACGAGACCUCCAAGGCAGUCACAUCUGUGACCUCGGAGCCCACCAAAGCCCCCAUCUGGGGGGACACAGUCAAACUGGAGAUCCAAGCUGAGGAUGCAGGGCGAGAAGAUGUAGUCCUCAAGGUGGUGGACAACAAAAAGAAAGAGGAGCUGUUGUCUUACCAAAUCCCCAUCAAGUACCUGCGUGUCUUCCACCCCUACCACUUCGAGCUGGUGAAGCCCACCCCAUCUGGGAAAGCCGACGAAGCCACUGCCAAGACCCAACUGUACGCAACAGUCGUUCGGAAGAGCAGCUUCUUCCCCCGCUACGUUGGUUGCAACCACACAGCUCUGGAGGUCUUUCUGCGAGGAGUCAACGAGCCCCUAGUCAACAACCCCAACCCCAUGGUGGUCAUUGCCCGGGUGGUUCCCAACUACAAGGAUUUUAAGGUCAGCCAGAUAAACCAGGACCUGGCCUCCCUGGGGCUGCCCAUCACCCCACUCUCCUUCCCUAUCCCAUCCGUGAUGAACUUUGAUGUUCCUCGGGUCAGCCAGAACGGGUGCCCUCAGCUGUCCAAGCCCGGGGGACCCCCAGAGCUGCCCCUGUGGAAUCAGUCCUUCCUCUUCCAAGGCCGAGAUGGAGCCACCAACUUCUCAGAAGACACAGCCCUGGUGCUGGAGUACUACUCCUCGACCUCAAUGAAAGGCAGUGAGCCAUGGACGCUCAGCAAGCCCCUGGGCAUCUCCGUGUUGCCGCUAAAGAGCCGUUUGUACCGCAAGAUGCUGACAGGGAAAGGCCUGAAUGGGCUACGCGUGGAGCGGCUCCCCAUCACUGACACCAAGCUGAAAACCAUAAAUGGUGAGGCCCCCACGGUGGAUCUCGCCUUCCAGCUGCUCUCCUCCGAGAGGCCGGAAAACUUCUUAACGCCAAACAACAGCAAGGUUCUGCCCAUCCUGGACCCCAAGAUCUUAGAUGGGAAGCUGGGUACCAUCCGCGAGUCCUGGUCCAAGGCCACAGAGAGCUCCACAAUGGACUCCAGCACAUCCUCCUCUCAGGAAGCAGAGGAAGGGCCCCCGGUGCUUAGGAUGUCCCGUGAGGCGGCCCACUUCCCCCCACUGCCCCCACCCCAUCUCACCUGCCCCUACGGGUGGCAGGUUGGUUUCAGCUCCUUGGACACCAUUUCCCCCCAAGGAAGAGGGCUCCAUUUCAUGGGAGAGCCCCUUACCCUGUGCUACCUGCGCCUCGGGGCCAAAUGGGACAGGGAGGAGCUCUCAGAAAGGGGGCUGACGGUGUAG